GACAUUGUUUUAUUAUAUAUCCUAUUUGCCUCUUCCAUUUCUUUUUUCGCUUUACUUUACUUCAUUUAUUAUGUUAUUUACACCAUGCAUGGACUUGUCAUCUAACGUUGCAAUUAUGAGUUCAGACAAAAAUAUUACAACUGAGGUCUACAAGCAGAUCGAACUGUAGAAGAUAGGAAGCCUAUUAAGAGUUUGGAGGCCGCCCAUGAGUAAGCCAUACGCAAGUUGUAAUGAUGAUAAGUCCAGUAUUAUAAUAAUUCUUUGAACGGGACUACGAAAAGAGCUGAAGAGUUCAUUAUUGUUAAAUCGCUGUGCGCAUGAAAUAUCAUAAAUAUAUUUCAUGCGCCUCCGUUGCCACGUGUCCCAGCCCAAUCCUGGCGUCACAGCCAAGGUCGUCAAGACCAUUGAUGUAUCAUACAGUGGUGAGAACGGCUUUAACCAGACUAUCAGCUUGUCGCAGGAGUGUUUGUCAAAUCUUUUGGAUAUGGGCAUUGUCGAGAUGGUUAUUAUAUGGGAAAACCUGGAGGGUACCCAUGAGACCGGCACUCAGCUUGAGCUGAUCAACAAGGAGCCACCGAUUGAGUGGAUUGCUAAGGUAUACAAGCAUAAGGGCGCUCUUCUGGAGUUUAUCACGGAUAAGUCGCCAAAGGGCUUGCAGUAUAUCAAUGGCUUUGGUGGUAUUGGUGACAUGCUUCACUGGCAGCUUGACGUCACCCAGCUGGGCAAUGAUAGCGAUAUGUACUACAAAAAGGGCAAGGAGCAGGCCAAUGACAAAUUUGAUGACUACUUCUAAGCGUCGACCCGCUAACAAACCUAACAUCAAACCUGCUUAAAAUAUGUCUGCGUUUGUUUUAUGCUGAUAUACAAAACGACAUUGUACAAUUAUAGAAAUAAAUUGGCAUUCUUUCUGUUACCACUUUUACAAUGUCAGUC